GGUCAAAUUAAGGCCUCCAGAAUGGACCCUAACAAUAAAAACGUAACCUUUGCGACACUAUCAUUCUCCAUGCGCUUUUUUCCAACUUUCCUUCCACCCAAACACACAAAUCCCACAAAACACAAAUGCCACCAGCGAAAAUUCCACAGCACAAACAAAAGAACCCCAAAUUUUUGACUUACCAAAAGGUACUGCAUCUCUGAAUGCCAUUGCCAUUGCAGAGCACGGAAAAAAACCUCAAAAAUUACCAACCCAAGAACAUAGGAACCUUAAUUUGCACGAAUCCCCAGGUUGUUACCUCAAAGAUUGAUACUUUCUCCUCGUUUUUGAAUUAUCUCCAUCUGGGUGUUGUCGGAAGUUGUUGGAAUUGAGGUAUGGAGGGCGAGAAAUACGGGGAGGAGCUGGAUGUGGCGGUGAGAGUGGUUCACAUGGCGUGUGCUCUGUGUCAGAGGCUGCAGGAGGGUUUGGUGUCAGGUGGCAGUAGCCUCGUUAAGUCCAAGGACGAUGAUUCUCCUGUGACUGUCGCAGAUUGGAGUGUGCAAGCAACUAUUAGCUGGAUGCUGUCUGAAUUCUUUGGAAGUCAGAAUGUAUCCAUUAUUGCUGAAGAAGAUGUACAAACUCUCUCUCAGGCUGACUCAGCAGGUUUGCUGGAAGCUGUUGUGAACACUGUUAAUGAAUGCUUAGCUGGAGCCCCCAAGUAUGGUCUUAAAAGUCCACCAAAAUCCCUCAACACCUCUCAAGUUCUUGAGGCUAUCAGCCGAUGCAACUCAGCGGGAGGCCCCAAAGGAAAACAUUGGGUACUUGAUCCUGUUGACGGAACACUAGGGUUUGUGCGUGGUGAUCAAUACGCUGUAGCUUUAGCAUUGAUUGAGGAUGGAAAAGUUGUUAUUGGAGUACUUGGGUGCCCUAAUUACCCAAUGAAUAAAGAAUUGCUCAGUUAUCAUUAUCAGUACCAUGAAGUCAUGUCAAAGUUGUCUCCCCCUUCUGAGGAUAUGUGGGAAAGAGGUUGUGUGAUGUAUGCAAGGAGAGGCAGUGGUAAUGCAUGGAUGCAGCCACCAAUCCGUGGGGAUAAGAAGUUUGUGUGGCCAAAUUCUGCAAGACUUAUUCGGGUUUCUUCCAUUGAUGACCCCGCGCUGGCUACUUGUUGUGAACCUGUCGAGAGAGCAAAUUCAGACCACUCCUUCACAGCAGGACUUGCUCACAGCGUAGGGCUUAGAAAUCAGCCCCUGCGUGUCUACAGCAUGGUGAAAUAUGCAGCCAUAGCUCGAGGAGAUGCUGAGCUAUUCAUGAAGUUUGCAAGGACUGGAUACAAGGAGAAGAUAUGGGAUCACGCUGCUGGUCUUGUCAUUGUAGAAGAGGCCGGAGGUGUCGUAACUGAUGCUGGAGGGCGUCCCCUGGACUUCUCAAAGGGACCGUACUUAGAAGGACUUGACAGGGGCAUAGUUGUUUGUUCCGGGGCCACACUACAUGAGAAAAUCAUUGAUGCUGUGUAUGCCAGCUGGGACUCUUCUAAUUUAUGAGGCUUUUCUGUUCCAUGCCAAUGGACCACAGUGGCAGUAAAUUUUGCAAUUUUGUUGAGGGCAAGCGAUUUGCUGAGAAGGAUUUGUGAUGACAUUCAUAUGCUAUCGCCAAGGUUAAGUUUAUAGAAGGAAGUAUUUCGUCUGGUGGCGUGUUCAACUGAGUUCAAAAUGGCACUGUUAUACUGCUACUCAAUAGUGAAAUAUUUAUCAGUAAGAUCUUCAAAGUAAAUAUUAUGCAAUUGCAGUUGCGUUUCAA